ACUACGAGCAGCUCUUCCAGCAAGGUGCAACGCCGAAUGAGGUACAGCCGCAGCAAUCCGUCUGCAUCGUUCUACAGUUGCAAUAGAUGGACCCGAAGGCUUUCUAUGGAGUCCGGGUGCCUCCUGCUGAGGAAAGUGAGGACAUCUGCCUUAGCGACAGCGACACUGAUGAAUACAGCCCAAGCACGUAUUCCGCCCUUCCAACCGAGGAGUCCGACAGCGGAACAGGUGAGCAAUUGUGAUGACUAGACAGUGUUUUUAUUGCAAAAAAUUGCAUUCGAAAUCGAUAGAAGCGCCUGUUCACUAAAAGUAUUUCUUUUCUCGCGCUCCUGUGCAGACGUUGAUGAAGAUGAAAGCAACGAGCCUUCCGAGCCUUCAUCAUCAAUGCCGAGAAGUGUGCUCUGGAAGCGAGUCAGCGAGCCACGAUCUUGCGAUCCGUCCUGGGGAGAUUCGCUGCCAGAUCACCCCGCUGAAACCAAAACGCCGUUUGGAUAUUUUCGCUACUUUUUUGACGACAGUGUUUUGAGCCUCAUUACUGAGCAGUCAACUCUCUAUGCAGUUCAGAAGAAUGCAAACAAGCCGUUGUGCCUGUCGUGUCUCGAGCUUGAGCAGUUUUUGGGGAUAACAAUGUAUAUGUCGAUCUACAGCCUGCCAAGGUCCCGGAUGCACUGGAGCCAUUGUACAAGAGUGGAGAAAGUCGCACAGGUCAUGCCCCGUGACAGGCGGUAGAACAUAAAAAAUAACCUCCACCUGAAUGACAAUGACCUCUUGUCUCAAAACAAUGGAAAAGACAAGCUCUUCAAGAUCCGGCCGUUAAUUGACAUGCUUCUGCCCAAGUUCCAAGGACUACCGAAAACCCAGAAACUGGUAAUCGACGAACAAAUGGUCCCAUUCAAAGGCAGAUCAUCGCUGAAACAGUACCUCCCCAGCAAGCCCCAUAAGUGGGGCUACAAAAUUUUUGUCCUUUGUGAUAUCCAUCGGAUGGUCCAUGAUUUCUCCAUCUAUACUGGGCAAAUCCUCCCCGUUCCUGGAUGGCCGGAUCUCGGCGCAAGUUCAAACAUAGUGCUUCAGCUCUCUCAGACCAUUCCAGUUGACAAGACGUACUUUCUGUUUUUCGACAACUGGUUUACGUCCGUGAAGCUUCUGGUCGAGCUGCACCACCGAGGCAUUUCUGCUAUGGGGACUAUCCGUGGCAAUAGGAUUCCUGGUUGUAGACUGCCAAGCGACAGCGAGAUGAAGAAGAACGGGAGAGGGAGUCACGAGGAAAGGCAGGCUACCUUUCAAGAUGUAGACGUCAGAGUUGUCAAGUGGUAUGGCAGCCGCCGAGUCACAAUCGCGAGCACGUUAGGAAGCGCAGAGCCACUGGGACAUUGCAAGCGUUACGACCGCAAGCGAAAGGAGACAUGUGAUGUGCCGCAACCAGCUAUUGUGAAGACGUACAACUCAUUUAUGGGUGGUGUGGACCUGCUGGAUGGUCUGAUGGCAUACUACAAAAUUUUUCUAAAAUCGAAAAAAUUCUACCUCCGAUUUUUUUUCCACUUCGUGGACAUGGCUCUAGUCAGCAGCUGGCUGAUGUACCGGAGAGACUACGACGCCCUGGCUGUUCCAAAAAAAAGAGCAGCUAGACCUGCUAAUGUUCAAGGCAUCUGUAGCAAGCUGCCUGUGCGAGCAAAACAAAGACCUGUCAAGAAAAAGAGGGCGACCAUCUCUCUCUGUGGAUGCUGAGAUUGAGAAAAAAAAGAAAAGAGGGCAAGUAGCCACAACACCGCACCGAGAAGUUCGUCAAGAUAGUGUGGGACACUGGCCUGAGGUGGCACAGAAAAGGCAGCGCUGCAAGAUGCCAGGUUGCACAGGUCAACCGGUUUCCUUCUGUACAAAGUGCAAAACGCACCUUUGCAUCAGCAAGAAGUCAAACUGCUUCAUCUCUUUCCACAAGAAUUGAAGUAGUGAGUGCUGCUGCUCGAAAGCACGGGCAAUAAAAAUGUCUAAAAAAACAAUUUUUUUGCCA